AUGUACCCACCUACACUGUCUAUGACCGUCUAUAAACUCCCGUUCGGUUUAUACCUCCGCCGAGGAUCACCAUCCCUUGCACCAAAGUAUCACGUUGAAGCGCACACCCUAAAAAUGAUAGAACAGUCAACCCAUAUCCCCGCUCCCCGGGCGAUUGAUGUUGCACAGACGUCACGAUAUUCGUAUUUACUCAUGACCUGCGUUCCUGGACGCCCCAUUGGCCCAAGUUUGAACACAAUGACUGAUGAAGAGGUAGAGCAAGUCGUGGUUGAUUUAAAGGGGUACAUUUCUGAGCUUCGGAAAAUACCAAGAGAUCCAUCUUCAGAAUAUCUUAUAUGUAACUCUCAAGGCGGUGGCUUCUUAGACUGGCGUAUUCCAGACAGUCAGAAUGAGGAGUUACGAUUCAAAUCCGAGGCUGAUUUCAACAAGUACCUGACUGAUCCUUUCUGGGAAGAGAUCCGGACCCGUGCAGCGAAAUCGCAUGACACUCCCCAUGGCAUUGUCUUUACCCAUGGCGAUCUCAACCCAAGGAAUAUAUUGGCGGAGAAUGGAAGAAUUACAGGAAUUGUUGACUGGGAAAAUGCAGGAUGGUUCCCAGAAUAUUGGGAAUAUACCAAAAUGCAUUAUACCGUUCGAGGUGUGGAACGUUGGCUUGUUGAUGUAGUCGACAGUGUUUUUACAGGCUAUCGGGAAGAGUUAUGGGUGGAAAAUAUGCUUUCGGACCUUUUAGGUCCAUUCUGA